ACAUCAGCGACGGCUGUGCAAAGGAUAGCAAAGGGGACAAAACGAUCCAAUCCAUUGUAGUAGUGAACCAUUCCUCCAUGUGAACCACGACAAGCAAACGCGCACGUGGGACUCUUCAGUAUGGGAGCGAAAAAACGAAAAGGACGUGCCGUGAAAGCUGCUAAGAAAGGCAGUGCAUCGGUGGAACCAGAAGAGGUCUCAAAGGCGCCUCACACUUUUGUUAUAUCGCGCGGCACUUUAGGCAAGAAUGCGUCAGAGCUGAUGAUCAAUUUCAGAAAAGUUAUGGAGCCCUAUACUGCCUCAAGGCUGCAGGUGCGGAGGAAGAACGUGGUCAAGGACUUUGUGUCAGUGGCUGGGCUGCUACAUGUGACACACCUGGUGGUCUUCACGAAGACUGAGAAAGCUAUUUACAUGCGACUAGCAAGGCUACCUCGUGGGCCCACGCUCACCUUUCGUGUGGAAAACUAUGCCCUGGCUCGUGACAUCAUCUCAAGUUUGAAGAAGCCUGUCACCUACACACAUCAGUUCAGCUCUCAUCCACUGCUUGUGCUGAAUAACUUCAGUGGGGAAGGCAUGCACUUCAAACUAAUGGCCUCCAUGUUCCAGAACAUGUUUCCAUCCAUUAACAUACACACGGUAAAAUUGAACACUAUAAGGAGAUGCCUUCUUCUGAACUAUGACUCUACGGAUCAGACUAUUGAUUUUCGCCACUAUACCAUCAAGGUGGCUCCGUGUGGUAUCAACCGGGCUGUGAAGAAACUUGUGCAAAGCAAGGUCCCAGACUUGGGACACCUGCGAGACAUCAGUGAGUACGUGGACCAGGGAGGGCUGUCAGAGAGUGAAGCCGAGCUGGAUGGUGCUUCUAACCAAGUCGUCUUGCCCCAGAAGAUCUGCAGCAGGGGAAAUGUGCUUAACCAGCAGAGCUCUGUCCGGAUGGUAGAGCUCGGCCCACGGAUGAAACUCAAAUUGGUGAAGAUUGAAGAAGGCCUAAUGACUGGGGAAGUUAUGUACCAUGCAUUUGUUCAAAGAACACCCGAGGAGAUGAAAGCACUUCGUGAGCGACGACUGGAACUUAAGAAGCUUAAGGAGAAGCGCAAACAGGAACAAGAAGAGAACAAGCGCAGAAAGGAAGCUUUGGUCGAGGGUGAGCAGGACAUGAAUCAAGGGAGUGAUGCAGAUGCAGAAGUGGAGAGUGAGGAUGAUGAUGACCAAGACUGGUACCGCCAGGAAGUGGAUGAUCCUGAUGAGGACGAUGCACCACCAAAAGCCAAAAGAGCUAAUAAGAAGGGAAGUGUCAUUAUAGCUGGGAAGUCUCGCAUGCUGAAGAAGCACCACAACCAGCGAAGUGGGCAAACGAGAAAGAGGCCAGCAGCACUGAAGGACAAGGGCGAUGGAGAGGAACAGCAGGGGGAUAAGAAGGCAAAGAAGCACAAACUGUCCGACUUUGAGGUGAUGAUGCAGCGGCGCAAGAAGCGCAAGAAGUUGAAAGAAAAGGUCAAGGAGAAGCGGUUGCGCUCACAGAAGGUGGCCAAGCUUCGGGCUCAACAGAAGCAGGAUGUGCCUUUUAAGAAGGCCAAACACAAAAGAAGCCGUUAAAGGACAAAUAUGUAUUUCAAGGGUGGCUGUACAUUACGCUGAGGGAAAUGUAUAGGAAAAUAAAAGAAUUGCCGGCCAG